UGACGCUUAUUCUACUGUUAGUCACCUCUGUAGCUUACUAGCAAAAUACGUUAUUUUGAUCGUUUAAGUGUAUGUUAUUUAGUUUUAAAUACAUUUAAUUUGUCUCGAUUGACUACGCUAUUAAAUUAUAUUACGUUGUUUUUUCGAUCAGUACUAGCUUACGUUGUUGUUGUUUUGUAAGCUAGCUGAAGUUAGCACUAGUCUAGUCGUGUGAAUUAUUAUCUAAGGUGUAGUAAAAAUCAUUAAAAAACGUCCCAGAUUAUGAGCGAUUCUCCUUUUGUUAAAGAAGAGGAGGUCUGCUGGACGGAGAAAGAGGAUCUGUGGCUGAACUUUGUCGUGAAAGAAGAGAAUGAAGAAGAGGACAUGACUGUAAAAGAAGUAGAAAGUGAAGCUGUUACAGUGAAAGAAGAGAACGAAGAGGCGUUGAUGACGAAAGAGGAAAAUAAUCUGACUGUGAAGAAAGAAGAGAAAGAUGCAUUUUUUUGGGUGAGGGAGGUGGAGCUUCCUGUCACGUUAGAGGAGGAACAGGAGAAUGGAGAUCGUGUUAACACCAGAGAGAAACGGGAAUAUUGCGGAUCAUCUGAGGAGCCACAACAACAUUUCAUUGCUGAUAAUUUUGAGAAGAGUCUCUCCAAAUCAGAACACGUUAGGAAAUGCCAGCGGAGACCCUCGGGGAAGAAACCUCAUCGAUGCUCUUACUGUGGGGAAAGUUUAAUGUUUUUAUCAGAACUUAUAAGACACCAGAGAAUCCAUACAGGAGAGAAACCUUACAGCUGCUCUGACUGUGGGAAGAGUUACACCACUUCAACAGACCUUAAAAUACACCAGAGAAUCCAUACAGGAGAGAAACCUUACAGCUGCUCUCAGUGUGGAAUGAGUUUCUCUUUAUCACGAUCAUUAAAAUCGCACCAAAGAAUACAUACAGGUGAAAAACCUUACAGUUGCUCGCAGUGCGGAAUGAGUUUUUCUAGAUCUUUCUCAUUGAAAUCACACCUGAGAGUUCAUGUUGCAGAGAAACCAUUUGGGUGUGAUCAAUGUGGGAAAAGUUUUGCAGCAUCCCGCCAGCUGAUUGUACACAUGAGAACUCACACAGGAGAGCGUCCUUAUAGCUGUUCUCAAUGUGGGAAGUGUUUUACUCAGCCAAGCUUAGUGAAAUUACACCAGAGAACACACACGGGAGAAAAGCCUUAUGUCUGUGUUAAGUGUGGGAAGAGUUUUAGUCAUCUAAGCAACCUGAAAUCACACCAGAGAACUCACUCCGGAGAGAAACCUUAUUGCUGUGAUCAAUGUGGGAAAAGUUUUUGUGAUCCAAGAAACCUGAAAAUCCACAAGAGAACUCACUCAGAAGAGAAACAUUUUACAUGCGAUCAAUGUGGGAAGAGAUUUAGUAUUUCAAAAAACCUGAAAAUACACCUGAAAACCCACAUGGGAGAGAAACCUUAUAAGUGUGAUCAAUGUGGAAAGAGUUUUAGUAAUCCAAGAAACAUUAAAAUACACCAGAGAACUCACACUGGAGAGAAACCUUAUAGCUGUGAUCAUUGUGGCAAGAGUUUCACUCAAAUAAGCCACCUGAAAUCACACCAGAGAACACACAGGAGAUAAAUAUUAUAGCUGUUAUAGUGGAAUCCGAAAAGAGUGAAAUGAAGAUGACUUCCAGAUUAU